AUGGCUGUUAUAGAGUCCCACCCUGCAGUGUGCGACCCAAUACCCGUGGCGAGCGGCGGGACAGAGCAUGGCGGGCCACGAAGCUGCGAGCUAAACCCUGAGGCGUACGUGAAGUACAACGAACUCCUGCACACGGUGCCGUUGUCAGACUGCACCGAGGGGGAGUCUGUCCAGUGUUCUUCAGAAUCGGAGGAGUCAUCAAGCAGUAGCGAAAACACAGCGGACGAGGAUUGGGUGGCGUCUGGCAGCGAGGCUGGAAAUGAGUCUGAUGUACCGCAUGUGCCCAAUUCCAACGCAAACCCACCAGGCACCCAAGGCACUCUCGUAAAGCCAGCGGCACCUGCAAAACGAGUCCGGCGCGCCAAGAAGCCACCCAAAGCUGAGAAGUCCCGAGAGCACAGGCCCGUCGUGCGACAAGUACGCGCUACAGGGAAUCGAGAGGACAAGAUGCCGCAACAGGGCGGAAGCAUCUACUCGCGGAGAUUUAAGGUUGACGAGAAGCAGCAGCCGGGGACUGCCGUCGCAGAGCAGGUGGCGUCGGCAGUGAGGGAGCACUCCAAGCUGCCUUCCAAACAAGCUAGACGAGGGUCCGCUAAUGAAGACCCGGGUGCUUUAUCGAAAGGCGGAGCCGCUCUGAGGUCCCCGUUAGUCAAUCACUCCCCCGCCAACGCAGCUCGUGUGGCGUGCCUUGGUGCUGGACUGCCUGGUAUGGUGCCGACACCAUUCUUCGACGGUGGCGCGGGGCAGACAGCCGACAUGGAGGUGGAGCACGGUGACUCGUCUCCUGAAGACGCCGCAGAUGAUGGCGGCGAGGCAAAUCGUGAUUUAGUGGAGCUGCAGAGGCUGUUGACCAAGCUUCGCGAGCGAAGUGGUGGUGAUAUAUCGGGUGUCCUUGCAGCCGCUGGAGGACGUGGGACCGCCGUGCUAGCACCACGUGUCGGUGGGAGUGACAAGGGGCAGCCACCUUACCGAACACGAGGAGCAGGGUACCGCGACCUUGGCGCAGGGGCCACCAUGGGCAACCAGGCCCGUGGUGUUAAGCGGGAGAGGAACGUCCCUCAGAUGACUCUGAUCAUUGACUAUGAUCCGGAGAGGAGCGGAGAGGGCCUGGUACGUGGCAUGCCAUCACCAGAUGAGAUCGUGGUGCACGCAAAGUUGGCGAUGGAUUUCCUACUCCGCAACUGCUCGGCGCGAGGUGUGACGCUGUUCCCCUCUAACACAGUGAGGAAUGAAGCCCUGCGUAUCAUCCUUCGCGCCACGCAUGACGUGAGCUACGUACAGGUCUGUGUCGCCAUGUCAAAGACGGAAAACAGCUCCAAGGUGCACAAGGUGUGGACGAAGUUCCGCAACGACUCGUCAUCCAUGGGACGCUACAAGAUCGUGUGCGGGCUGGGGAUAGACGUCGUGGGCAAAGGGGUGUACAAGAUGAAGCUCGACCCGAAGAAGGAGGAGGAGUGGUGGGAGAUCCUUGGCCCACAGGAGCACGAGGGGCACAAGGUCUCUUCAUGGAGCAUUGGCAAGGGAGACAAGAGGCCCUUCACCAGCGACCUGUUCUUUGCGGCGUGCAAAGCGGCCUACCCUGAGUGGGUUACGGCGGACGGCAUCAUUGUGCUCGUCCCGUAUCACAUUGCAUGGGUCCUGUUCUCUUUCGACUAUGGCAUGACGAACCUGAAGAGCAAGUCGUUGACCCUCUCACAGAGCCCUCUGACCAACGAGCGGGAGAUGGUGGAAGUGGUGGCUGAAGUAGAAGAAGCCAUCAAGAUGUGGCUGGUUGUGGCAAAGGGGCGGUUGUACGUUCCCGAGCUAGGGGCGUUCAAGUGGGGAAACGCCGGCCUAUUCAUUAACGAGUCCGGGUUUCAAGAGUAUUUGCCGGAGGAGUAUAAGAGGCGAUCAACAUCGGACUCUGGUGACAAGGAACAGUGGAUGGCGUGA